AUGUAUCUCGGUGGGGAGGAAAUCCUCUCCAACGAAUACGAAGACGAGCAUGAUCUCGGUUCGUCUUCGGGGCUUCGUAGCCCACUAUCCGCUCGACAAUCCAACGUGUCGAGCCGCGUGCGUCCCACAGCGGCGGUGGCGGGGGUGGAAAGAUAUCCCUCGUAUGGUCAACCCCAGUUUGACCAUGGCUCUCGCGCUCUGCUUGACCGUGUUGUCACUCUGGAACAAUCCCAGAGCGCGGAGCUCGCUGCCCUGCAACAAGAGUUGCGCGUCUUAAGAGCGCAGGUCGCAACGGCCGCUCAGACCGCUCCCGACAUCCAAGUCAAACUUGGGUCGAAGCUGGCGAGGCUGUCCGACCGCGUUGUCGCGCUCGAGAAGCAGGCUUACGCUGCUUCGUCGUCCUCGUCGAGUCAUCGACACUAG